AAUGGAUGCCUGGAAGUUGACCUACAUAUAUAUUCAGAAAUGUUUUGCCACCUGAGACCUGUGAGGAGGUUAUGUCCAGGAAAGAUAUUUCCAUACUGGUUUCUCUACUCAAGAGCUUUAUCGGGAGCUGAAGCAGUCAAUGCCUUGAGGCCAUUCUAUUUUGCUGUACAUCCAGAUUUCUUUGGACAGCACCCCAGGGAAAGGGAAGUCAAUGAAAAUUCUCUUAAGAGAUUAAGUGCCUACUUAGAAAACCUCCAGAAACCAGGCUUCAAGUCUUUGAAACCAACCCAGCUUAUGUUUUAUGUAAGAGAAACAGACCAGAACUCCUCUGAUGGCCAGGAACACUUCAGCACUUCCAGAUUUCGAGCAGUCAAAUUUACUUUGCACACCAGAGAUCUGCUAAGCACAGUGUUAUAUAUUCUCAACUCCUGCAGUUUAUCUAUUGAACAUAUCCAAAGCUUGAAUACUAAUGUGCACUCCCAGCCUCUCAAAGAGGCCAAAAGGAUAUCAGACAGGCCCAUCAAAUGGGACAAGUCUUACUACUCCUUUACUGGAUUCAAGGACCCUGAUGAAGACCCCGAGCAAGUCUGGAGAAUGGAAACAACCCUAACAUCCUGGUUAGAUAACAAUGGGAAAAGUGCUGUUAAAAAGCUGAAGAAUAGUUUGCCACUUAGAAAAGAACUAGAUCGUUUAAAAGAUGAACUGUCCCAUCAAUUGCAGCUCUCGGACAUCAGGUGGCAGAGGAGCUGGGGCAUCGCCCACCGCUGCAGCCAGCUGCACAGUUUAGGCCGCUUAGCCCAGCAGAACUUGGAAAGCCUUAAAAAUGCAAAAGGAUGUACAAUAAUAUUUACAGACCGGUCCGGGAUGAGUGCAGUGGGCCACGUGAUGCUGGGAACAAUGGAUGUCCAUCAUCACUGGACAAAACUUUUUGAAAGAUUACCGAGUUAUUUUGACCUGCAGAGGAGGCUGAUGCUUCUGGAGGACCAAAUAAGCUAUCUUCUAGGUGGCAUCCAAGUUGUUUAUAUCGAAGAAUUACAGCCAGUGUUGACACUUGAAGAAUAUUACUCUCUUCUCGACGUGUUCUAUAAUAGACUCUUGAAAAGCCGAAUACCUUUUCACCCUCGAAGUUUGCGUGGUUUGCAAAUGAUCCUUAACAGUGACAGAUAUGCUCCAAGUUUGCACGAACUUGGGCAUUUUAACAUUCCUAUCCUCUGCGAUCCAGCAAACCUCCAGUGGUUUAUUCUCACCAAAGCCCAACAGGCAAGAGAGAACAUGAAAAGAAAAGAAGAGUUGAAAGACAUUGAAAAUGAAUUGAUGCAGGCUUCCACGAAGAAAUUUUCUCUGGAAAAGUUUUAUAAGGAGCCCAGCGUUUCAAGUAUACAAAUGGUGGAUUGUUGUAAGAGACUUCUAGAACAAUCACUGCCUUAUCUACAAGGGAUGCACCUGUGCAUUUCACAUUUUUACUCUGUUAUGCAGGAUGGAGACCUUUGUAUUCCUUGGAAUUGGAAGAAUGGAGAAGCCAUUAAAUAACAGAAAUCUGUAUUAUUUUUUAAAGAGAUAAGAAACUGCUAAACUUAUUUAAAUCCACAAUUUGAUGUAACAGUAUUACUGAUGUGUUACAAGAACAAAGUUUC